GUCGGGGAUCAUCAGCAUUAGAGAAGGAAGAGGAUCUAGGGAAGGGAAGGGGACGGGCUGAUUAAUCUGCCUCCCGGCUCAGCUCUCGCCCGAUGCCAGAGUCCCCCUCCGCCAGCUGCUACCUCUAAAGCCCGGCCGUCAGCAAUAAAGGCAGGAGAGAUCUCCUCUAGCCAUCCUUCGGCGCUGCAGCCCGUUUCGCCAGCGUCAUGACCCGCACAGUAUUGCUUGCUGUUCUCCUCCUCGCAGCGCAAGGUAAGCCUCCGAGGCAGCGGCGGGUGGGCUGGCUCCGUCUGCUGCCCGCAGUUCCUUUGCCGUAUGGAACUUGCCCGGGGACCUCUGUCCGCAGCGGCUGUUCAUUUCAGCACCAAGGACAGAGGCGCGGUCUUUGGCUCGCUGGCCCAGUCCGGCUACCCUGGGCACAAGAUGGAGGAGCUGCUCCAGGAGGACGGGGAGUUGCCUUGUUUUUGGAAGAGGGGAGAGUUGGCUUGGGGGUACCACGCAGUUCUCUGAGUCAAGAGACUUCAGUGAACUCCUGCGAGAGCCUCGCGAAUCUGACUUGAUCCACAAGGUCAUUUUACGCUAGCAAACUUUUUGAAGCCCAGUCGACCCAUUUUGCAAAGCACUCGAGUUCCUUUUUGAGUCUGGUUGGUUUCCUCCCCUUCUAAAAAUAAAAAUUCCGUCCUGCAAUAUCUUUGUGUUUUUAACCAAAAAAACCCGUUCCUUCCUCCUCCUUUCUCUCCCUAGCUUCCUACCCAUACGCUUCCUCUUAUCUGUUUGCACUCAUGAACAACCUAAACAAACCACCAACCAGCUUACUCAGACUCAGGAUGGUGAAAAGAAAGAAUCUGCAACCUACUUCUGAAUGAUUUGUUGCAGAUCUACCCCCCCCCCCCAGCAAGCAAUCAUUGCUGCAGUCCACUUAGCCUUCACUUUGGAUGUCUGUUUGAGCAAUUGUGUUCAGGAAUCAACCACUUCUCUCUGUUUUUAAGCCCCAAAGUGGAGCAAUCUUGCGAUGCUGGAUUUCAUACGCUGCUUUUGUGACUUAUUAUCCUAGCAGAAUAUAUUUGUGCCAAUCGCUCUCUCUUCCCCAUCUGGCUUGCAUUGGCUGAGUUUUGCAUGCCAUGGGCCAGCUGGCUGGAACUAUUCCAGAGAACAUGUAAUAUCUUGCCUUUCUCUCCCUUUCUCUCUUGCAGUACUUUCACUUCCAGUAACAAACCCAGCGACUAAAGAUGACACAAAGGUGAGUUGCAAAAACAGAAUGGUAAAAAUAAAUAAAUCAGGAAUAUUGUUUAAGCAGAACUAUGGGGCAGUGUCCUGUCUUGUCUGUUUAAAAGAUUCCGCAAUAUAUAGUAGCUUGAAAUGAAUAAGAAGAAGCAAUUAAUUGCCUCUUGUGGAAGCCACUUAACAUGUUACAUUUUUAGGUAUAUAUCCAAGAUUCAUGUGUGCUUUUUUUUUGUAGCUAAAAAACAUGGAGCAAAUAUUGGCUGCAAAUCCCUUCUGGGGUAAACCCAGGCAUGUUGCUGGGAAAUGUAGGAAACAGUCCUUCUGAAAAGUCAUUUCCUUGCCCUAGUUUCUGUUCCUUCCCACUUUUUGCAUGUGAUUAAAAGCAAGACAACAAAGACGUGCGUAAUUUCAUCACUGUUUAACAGCAGCUGUAGGUGCCCCUCUUGAGUAUCUGAAAGGUUGGUGAAUUAGCUUUCCAAUUAUAUCCUGCAUAAGCCCAUUGUGGACUAUACUUAACUCCCUGCUGUUAAAGGGCUUAAGUGUUACUGGGUAACAUACUUGAAAGUUGUCAUUAAGACUGAUGGACUGUCUAAAGUGAGGCAAAACCAAACCAAAACGAACAUUACACAAGUGUAUUAUUAUGCCAGGAGCUUAAGAGAUCAAUAUCAAGGCUCAGAUAAUCAGUGGGUAAGCGUAUAUGCUGUACGAAGUGGGUUGCAGUUGAAAUAUUGUAAAUCCACAUUUAAAGAAAUGGUAGGAUGAAGGUUUUGCUACAGGACUGCCAAUGGGUGGCAUGGAAAUUAUUAAGAUCCUUGUUAAUUCUACCCAGUACUUGUGUGGCAAUAUGAUUAUGGGAAAACAGACAGACUGGGAAUUCAUUAAUUCCAUCAAUCCAUUCUGUCACCUAUCCUUGUAGACACAUUGAGCUGUAAAAGUAGUAAGAUAUAAAUUUGAUAGGGAGAAAUGUUACAGGAAAUGAAAAAACUACCAUAUUGAGGCCACUUUACCUUGUAUAAUAUGUACCUUCUUUUAUGGCCUACUGUGGUCUGGUUUAUGUAUCUACAGGACUGGUGGGACUGGAGAGGCGUCAUUUGGACCUUGGGGAUAGACUUGAUGCCCCUUUCAUGCCUUUAUUUUCAAAGUCAAAUGCAUGCAUGGGGUGUGUGUGUGCACAGGCAGAGUGCUGAGGGAGUGGAAGCACAUCCACAACAGUGCAGGUGGGGAAAGGAAUUGGCAGUUCACAUCUGGUGGCCUUCCACAGUGUGGAUGCACGGUGCAUUUCUGUAUAUAAAUCUGUGCUAGGACAGAGUAUUUGUCUAUUUUGCACAGUGGUAUUUUACAAACCAUUGAUUAGUGCUCUGCCUCAGCCCCUGACACAUUGUAGUUUGUCAUGGGUAAAGGGGCAAGUGGUUAAGCCUAAGACUGACUUUGUACAUCUUGGGACUAACACAGCAGGCAUUGCUGUAUCUGCUGCCUACUAUCCCUAUAUUUAUAUUUAUUUAUAUACUUCUACGGCCCUUCAUCACAUGGCCAAAAGGUGGUGCACAAGUUAUUUUUAAAAAUGCAGCAACUCAUAUUUCUAAAAUCAAUUAAAAGAUUCAAAGCAAAUUAAGCACAGCAUAAACUAAUAAAUAAGAGGGGGGAGCAAUGGGUAAAAUACAAACUGACCUCAACAAAUCACACCUCUUUGCCUCCAAAAGCUUGGCAGAAGAGGUACGGUACAUCUUCACCUUCCUUCUAAAAGAGCACAGCUCUAAGGCAAGACACACCACAGUGGCAAAAUCCAAAGUUUUGGAGCUGUCAUUGAAAAAGUCUUCCUACAAACCCCUGCACUGUUGAGCCCUCACAGGCAGUGUUAGAAACUGAGAUAUGAAAGCUAGGAGCUACGUUAUGGGUGCCACAAUGGAGUGCCUAGGCAUGCUUUUUUAAUAGCAAGAAUACAAAGCUGAAAAUGGAUGAACUGCAGCUAAAAUCUUAUGUUCAUUUUUCACAUAGUCUAGUCCUUCUCCUGCCUACCCCUCUAAUAUUCUUAAGAGGGUCUCUUCUCCAGUCUUCAGAGAGUAGCUGGAAGUGGGGAGGCAGAAAAAGGUCCUCCUUUCCUUCCACUCUGCAGUUUUAACCUGAAAUUGUAGGCGCAGUACUGCACCCACAGCUCAGAAACUGCUCACGCUAAUGAAAUUCCCUGUUGCAAAAUGCGACUAGAACAAUGGGAGUUUUGAACGCUGCUCACAGGGACACCCUAGGAGGGUGGCACUAGCUGAUCCUAAAGACUAGAGAGGUUGGUAUGGGGAAAGGGAUUCUCUCAGGUUUUUUGGGUUCCUGGCUGUUCAGGGCUUUGUGUGUUUGUGUGCACUUGUAUAUCACCUGGAAAUCUGCAGUCAAAAUUCCCUACUACAAUGUUUCUUUAUGCAACCUUUUUUUAAAAAAAAAUGCUGCCCACUUUAAAUUUACCUAAAUUGGCUUCCCUUGUAAGUGCGAAUGGAGUUGAGCUUACAUGCCUUACCUCCAUCUUUUACUGAAAUCUGCUGCAAGAGACCUUUCCAUUUUUGCGUGGAUGGGAAAAAAAGCUUUUUGCCAGCUUUGCUAAUUAUCCAUAAUCUCUCCAAAAAACACAAUUACCUUUCAGCCCGUGUGCUUUAAGAAAUGCUGCACUGUCCCCUCUUUCUGCCAGCUGGGAGAUUUUGUUUGGAACUCUCUUCAUGCCCAGCGGCAGUUUGGGAGGCUUCCAAAUAUCUUGGGGUAGGGGGUCGAUGUAAUUUCACUUUUGUCUGGGGCCCCCAUGCUGGCUCAAAUCACUGCAAUUUUACAACAUUUUCAUUAGAAGAGAGCACAUCAGCACUUUUUGAGGCACCGUGCUGUACAGAAUACUUGGCUGCGGCUGUUUGAGAAAACUCUAAUAAGACCACAAAUUCCCUCUCCCUACCACCAUCCACAAGUGCUUUUAUAUCUGCAAUUAUAUGAAUCUCUGUUGAAAAGCCUUCCUUAAAUGUUUGAUGGUACCAUUUGCACCGCAGCAUCCCUGAGCAGUAGUCAGUGGCUUGGAAUUAAAAUGCUAGAACUGUAGAACUGGGUGCAAAGACUGGAAUGGCGAAGAGAAUAAUCUAAAGGCCAAGAAGAUGGUUCUCUUGCUGAAUAUAAGGAAGUUUGGGCCUUGAGCUGUGUUUGUAUGAGAAACUUCCAGGCUUGCAGUCCAGUCAGAAUUAUGCCCAGUGCUGUCUGUGUUGAUAUGACCAGGCUUCAGCAUAUGCAUGCUGGAUUGAGGACCAUAUGCAAAGAAAUCUCAGCCUCAUGGAGGAAGAGCAUCAUAUAAAUAUAGGGUAUAAUCCAGAUUAAGUUAUCUGAAUUUAGUUCCCAUUGAUUUGAACUCAGGUUAAGCCAUGACAAACUUGUCCCAUUGAUACUAAGUACAUCUUGCUUUGCACUGAUUUAGCCUAUAAUAAACAAGUCAAUGUUCAUUUCAAGAUUACCAAUGCCCAUGUGUCUAACAGGAAUAGCAGCAAUCCACAACAUAAAGAUGUUGGCGGACUGCAGCCAUUAAGGCUACAAUUCCACACAUUGUUACAUAGAAGUAAGCUCCAUUUAAGGAUUUACUUUUGAGUCUUCUUCUUCUUCUUCGUCUUCCUUAUUAAAUUUAUAUACUGCCCUUCAUCCAAAGAUCUCAGGGCGGUUCACAAGAUAAAAAAUACAGGAUAAAAGCUCAAUUUAAAUAGUUAAAACAAAAGCCAAGCAAAGCAAUAACCCCCUUCCAUCCAUAAACUGUAAGCUUUGCAAAGCUCUUCACAAUGAGCAUGCUAUAAAAUAAGAUAAAGGAAUUACUAACAGCACUGUUCCCCAUUAAGCCUUUGCAGAACGGUUUGCUUCCCUCUGCAAGCCACCAAGUCAGAACCCAAUUCUGCCCCACCCCCGCACCCACCCCGACCACAGCACCUCCUGCUGACUUCGGCCAUCCAGCAUUGCUGACAAUGUGAGAAGGUCAAUGCUGUGAGCUGUGAAGUUAGCCUAAUUCCAUUACAAAUACUGCCAGCAUCACACACAUUGAUUCCCAAACCCCACCCCACCCCCUGGGUACCCAUCAUAUAAUUCACCAAUCUGCAGUGCCCGGCAUAGCACAGAGGAACAUGAAGCAGCUGCUUUGGGCAGCAGAUCUCAGAAGGAAGGGUCAUUAGUCUUACUCUAGCGUUAUUCUGUAUGUAUCCUUCAAAUAAAACAGGGAAGGGUGCAAAUUAGCUCUUCCUUUGAGCUGUGCCAGUGGCUUAAACUGGUCCUGCGAAUGUCCAUCAUCUCCCCUUGAAAAUCUCUACUGUUGCUGUCUAUACUUCAAAAGGACCCCACCCAGAAUCUUUAUAUGUUAUUCUCCUUUGAGUCUGCUUCUUUCUCCCGUAUAUUGGGACAACAUACCUGGCUUGGGUAAAAUUAGGGGAAAUCACUCUAAUGAAAUACUUGCUAUAGAGAAAUAUCAUGCUUGACAGCCUUCCAAUUGCCUCCACUUGUCCCCUGCCCACAAGACGACAUGGUAUUCUCAUUGUCUUCUUGCCUGCUUAUAUUCCUGAGACUAAUCCAGGAAUAUAACCUGUAUGGCAGCGACUCUCCAAGAGUCUCAGGUGAGGAACUGCCUGAGAUGUUGUUGUUGUUGUUGUUGUUGUUGUUGUUUGCAUUUACAGCCCACCUUUUCCCAAGGAGCUCAAGGGUCUUUCUGCUCCUACUCAUUUAAUCCCCACAACAACCCUGUGAGGUAGGUUAGGCUAAGAGGCAGUGACUGGCCCAAGGUCACCCAGUAGGCUUCGUGGCUUAAUGGGGAUUUGAACCCAGGACCUAGUCCAGCACUCUAACCACUAUGCCACCAUUGGUGUACCCAGACCUGCAUAGAGAGAGGCUGAGGACUGAACCUGGGAACCUGGGAAGCAGAUGCUCUACCACUGAGCUAUUCCCCUUCCUCUAACCCUAACUGCGUGAGUAUGAGCUGUGGCCCAGGAGACCCAAAUCCCAGGUCUCUUGCACUGGCCCUCUCUUUUUAAAAAAGAAAAAGUGCUGCUGUUGCAGCUUGCAGAGUGUGGCUCAGCCUGCUGCCAAUGAAAUGCUGGUGGGAUCCCAGCAAUCCAUCAUCUUAUUUUGCUCAGAAGCCCAACCUUGCAUCUGUACACUUCCAUUAGUACGUACAAAUUUGUAUCGGAGCCUAUGACCUGGUUCUUAAGUGCCUAACACCCUCCAGCUGGCUGCACCAGACCCUUAGGUGCUUGCAGAAAGGCAUACAGCAACAUCCCACAAAGCAGACAGCUCAUGAUCAGAGAGGCAUCGUUUUAUGGCUUUUAUCUAUUUCAGGGUUGAGCUCUAGCAUCCACAACAUGUUUCUAGGCCGAGCCCCAUAGGGCCAUAAAAAGGAACCUGCAGGAUCAAACCAUAGGACUAUCUAGGCCAGCAUCCUCUCCCACAGGGGCCAACCAGAUGCCCCCAGGAUGCCCACAGUAAGCACAUCCUUCGCAUGAUACAUCCAAUGGGUGAACUCUGAAGCAGGUCUCCCAUAAAAUCCAUUAUUCCCUGACCCUCAAAUCUCCUGCAUAGCUGAAAAGCAAUUCGGUCAGAGUGAAGAAAACACAGCCUUAAAAAAAAAAUCUAUUCAGCCUCACUUCAGCUGAAAUUAUCCAUUCCUUUAUUCAGUGGCCCUUGCAGAGUCACCAACACAUUAACUGCCGAGUUGUUGCCCAUUAAGACCUAUAGCAGGGGUGGUUAACCUUUGGCCUUCCAUAUGUUGCCUCCAUCAUCCCGGACUAUUGACCAGGCUGGCUGUUGGCUGAUAAUAGUCAAAAGUCCAACAGCGCUUGGAAGAAUAGAGGUUCCCCUAUCUCAGUCCUAUAGGGUUUAAGUACAGGCAACAUUUCUUGUGUUUUAAGGUCCCCUGAGGAGUCCAUCCUCCAGAUGCUAUUUCCUCCCAGCCCACAAUUAGGCUGGGCUUUCUAAGUGGUGGCCCCUUGACUGUGAAAUAAAAUCCCCAAUUAGGCUUAGCAGGCUCAAGGAUGGUUUUCCUUUAUGCAAAGGCUGAAACCUUUCUGUUUUCCCAUUCUUUUAACAGUUAACGCUGCUCAUUUUUCUUCUUUUGCUUGCUUAUGCUUGCUAUGACUAAGUGCUGAGGGGUGUAUGCCAUUUUAAUAUUUUUAAUUAGUUCUAUUAUUGUUUUGUUCCUUAUGUAAAACCUCAGGCGCUUGCAGAAAGGCCAGUGAUAAAUGUGAAUAAAUAAAGCACUGCUAUGAAAACACAUCUUUCAAACACCCACUUCUUCAAACAUGCACAUAAUGCUCACAUACCUACCCAUAUAGGAACACAAAUGCAUUAUCUUUUGUGUGUCUGUGAACAUUUUAUAGCACCAACAUUAAGGGGGAAAUUGCAGGGUAGUGAACAGCAUAAAACCAACAAUAAAAUGUCAUUGAUAAAAUAAGCAUAAAAUAUGUCACAAAUCAGUAGAUCAGUACACACACACACAUCCAUGGUUUUAUGUGCAGUUGUGCCAUGUGUCAUCCUAAUGUGUCGUUAGCAAAUAAAGGCUUGUCACAUUCCCAGCCAGAGCAGUCAAGGACCUCUGGUCUUCUCAGAGAGACAAAAGAUAUUGCAGAUGUAGCUCAUCAUACCUGUCCCUUUCCUGUUCUUGUUGGACACCUCACCCCCAAGCUGCUGCAAAUGAUCCAGAUAUUCCCUGCAUCUAGCAGGAGUGGGGCUAAUGUGUCAGAAAUCCUCUCUCCACAGUGCAUUGGAUCCAGACGAAGUCACACUUGAAUCCCACUGAAAUCAAUGUGAUUUGAGUAAGUCAUUAUUCACAUAAGCCCAAUUGAUUUCAGUGGGACUAAUUUGGUCUAGAUCCAAUUGUGGGAGUCCCUCUGCACAGCUGUCUUGCCUUUAGCAACUGAUUGAGCAGUGGUAGGGCAACCUCUGGUUCUCCAGAUCAGCCUUAGCCAGCAUGACCAAUGGUCAGGGAUGAUGGGACUUGUAGUCUAACAACAUCUGAAGGACCACAGAUUCCCUCAUCACUGUGGGAGGGGGAGCCUUGAGAGCUGGAAUUGACUCAAGGACCAGCAGUUGCUAACCCAAAGUGCACAGCAAUUUGUCACAUAGCAGAAUUCCAAAAUGGUGCCCCAAAUUAGAAUAUUUGCAUGCAGGAUUGACAUUCUUCCCCUCAACUAGAGCAAGUCUUCCAGCAGGCAAGUCGCUCUUGGCCCUGAGACUAUGUUUUCUCCAACAUUCGUUGUGCUCUUUAACCUGGAAGAAGGGGGUUCAUUGUUUGCCUGUGGGAUGUGAUGCCUAUGAAAGCUUAUGCAUCAAUAAAUUAGUUAGUCUUUAAAAACUCUGAAGAAUGUAAAAUCAAAGCAUUGGUCUUUAGGAAGAACUAGUAGAAUAAUAUGAUAUGCGGUGCCAUGUGAAAUGUGCAAAACAAGAAUGAAGAACAUAUUUGUUAUGUGUCCCCCUUUAUUGAUACUGGGAAAGCUCAGUGGGUAGAGCAUGAAGCUCUUAAUCUUAGGGUUGUGGAUUCAGGACCAUGUUGGGCAAAAGAUUAUUGUGUUUAAGGGGGUUGGACUAGAUGAUCCUAGCGGUCCCUUCCAAAUAUACAAUUCUAUGUUUCUAUGAUCAUGCUCUGGGUUACCUUUAUCAGGGAGAUAAGAUCAGCACAUGGGUUGGAGCAUGGCCUGUUGUGCAGUAAGACUACAGAAUUAGUACCCAACAGAUCAGUGAAACUUCCCAUUUGGCUUCAGGAAGAAGUAUAAAGCACACACCUUUUCUUUUUGUUUGCUAAUGGCUUUGGAGAACAAUGGUGCUGUCAUUAAUCUAUCUGCUGCUGCUUGAAAUUGCUUAAGUGGUGCGUUGGUUUUUUUUCAUGAACUGUGAAUUUAUUUUUAUUUUUUUACAAAUCUAUUUUAAUGGCUGUAAAAGCAACCUUGAGCAAAUGAUGUAAUGAAGUGCACAUUAUUUAUCAAUGAAUAAAACAUCCACACUGCAAGGAGGCUUGUGGCAGUGCUGCAACUGGGAGGAGGAGGCAGUUCUAAGGUUUGGAAGAGGAUGAGAACCAAAGUAGUCUCUUUCUCCUUAUCCCAUGCUCCUGGGCUGAUGUGUUUUUCUCCCUGGUUUGGGAGCAGCUCAGGGGUCAGAGAUGGCUAUGGAUCCUUUGGAUCCACGUCUUCCCCUGGCCCUUCCCACCAUGAGAUGCAUCCUCAAGUAACUUCCCAGGGAGCCAUAGGAUUGCAGGGUGUCACAGCGCUAGCAGGCCUCGAGUGGGAAUUAACUCUUCAUUGUCAAAAGCACACUUACAAGUUAGGGAAAGGCAGGUCCAUCAGUCCUUCGUCUAUCAGCCACUCGUAGGUAUGCACCCGAUGAGGCAGUUGCCACAACAGAGAGGCCCCUGGCCUUGGCUUAAGUAUCUCCCUGAUCUGAGCUCCACGCAAGCAAGUGAAGACUCUGCCUGCAGGGAACCUUCUGCACCUCUCUCUUCUGGUUCUGGGAGACAGUGGAGCAAGAGAGGUAGAAGCAGAAGGAGGAAGUAUGGAAGCCCUGGGCUCUACCCUAGCUUGACCUCUCCCUCCCUCCACCUGUUCUUCACUUUGCAAUCCUGCAGCUUCUCCUGCCUCUGACUCUUAACUCCUGGCUGCUACAGGCUUCCCCAGAUCAUUGAUCCCUUCUUCAAGUUGGUCUCCAACCCCCCUUCUCCCAGGGCCCACUCCUCAGAAUCCAGCCACUACCCCUCAGUGUCCUGCCAGUCCCUGACAUCAGGUCAGCAGCUGUUCUGCAGAAGGAUACACAAAACAAUAUAAAGAACUAAAACAGCACCCAGCGCAAUAAAGGCAAAUGCCAGUAAGAUCCAAUAAAACAGGGAUGGGGAACUUGUGGUCCUCCAGAUGUUUUUGGGCUGCAACUCUCAUUGUCCCUGACCAUUGACUAUGCUGCCUGGGGCUCACCAAUGUUGAAGUCAAACAACAAUUUCUUUUAUUUAUGGGUUGUUUUAAAAGAGGUGCAGGUUGUUGCGAAAGAUGGGUAUUUGUGUGUGUGUGUGUGUGUGUGUGUGUGUGUGUGUGUGUGUGUUUUAAGUGAGCACUAGGUUCGAAAGCUGGAAGACCAAGAGAGCAAAAGGGUUCCUUCCCAUGUGGUUAUAUUUCCAAAUUCCUUUUCAUCUGAAAUGUCAUUAUGGGGAAAGCAAUUUUCUACGGGGAUGUUAAGGGUUAGUCACUUACAAACCACAAACAUUUGGACAAGGCUUGAUGAAGGGAAGUUAUUGGCAACUGGGACUCAAUUGCCCACACAUUUAAAUUUAAAGGGCAGCUGUGAUUGUCUAGUUUUGUGUUGCAGCAGCUUGUGGGAGAUUUAAAUUUGGAACACCCUGCUGUUGAUGAGUUUUUAAAAGUGUUCUGCUUCUAGAAAAGAAGGUUGCUUUGCAAUAACUUUAAACUAACACCAAUAUCACAAACACACCCUGCCGUUUAUAUUAGAGUCAAUGUGAAUUAUUGCUUAUCAUAUAUGAUUAGGAAUGCAAUCCUAGGCCAAUAUACUUGGGAGUAGUGCCAUUGAGCUCAAUGGGUCCUAUUCUCAAGUAAAUCUGUAUAGGCUGGCAGCCUAAAUUGAGAAAUGCUCCUCUGCAUAGACUUAAAAAACAGGGCGUAAAUACUGCAGUGCUAUUAAUCCCUCUUGUGCAUGAUUGAUAAAUUGUGAUAUGUGGUGCUCAGCAAGGACAGGAUAAAGUGUUCAGGGCUUUUAGCCCAUCUUCCCGAACCUGGUGCCCGUGGGCAGUUUUGGACUCCCAUCAGUGUGACUCUUUUGCAUUGAAAGGCAGAGUACAAUGUUGACAUUUAUUGCUUUAUUAUUAUUAAGGCUUGGUUAUCUUGCUAAGUGAUGCUAGCAGCAGUUUAGGCUGCUACUAGGGGGUUGGGUCCAAAGCAGUGGUAUGUAAGCAUUCUGUCAGCUCAAGGAUUUCCCCUUCAUUAGGUUAUUCCUGCCUUUCUCACCCUGCAUGUGCCCAUGGCGAAUGAAGAAGGAAAUGGAAAUUACAAUCUUGGAGUCCCUGAGGCUAUGCAAACUUGGGGGGCCUAAACUUAAUAGCAUCUGACCACAAAAAAACAAAACUUAGUUCUCUUCUUUACUAUUACUAAGCAACUGGGUCUAGAUCACGGGUAUGCAACCUAAGGCCCAUGGGCCACAAGCAGCCCAAGGGGGUCAUUUAACCAGCCCACAAGCUGUCCCUGAACCAAGCUGCCCGUUUGGCGAGUCCCCGUGCGCUGCGGUAAACUGGCGCAGUGCAGGGACUCGCUUCCACAGCGCCGGAAAUUGUGCCUGCACAGACACAGAUGCCGGAAAUCAUGAGCGCAUGCGCUCAGGCACACGCACGAUCCGGUCCACAGAGGGAUCUCUGCUGGAGUGAACCAGCCCAGGCGAGGUAAACCUUGCCGACCCCUGGUCUAGAUAGUAAAAUCUGCCUGUUUAAUUUUUAAUUUUUGGCAAGAGGUUAAGGGCCUGCUCAUUUAUCAGGCCCUGGGCUGCAGCCUGCUCAGCCUGUACGUAAGUCUGGGACUAGAUCUUGGUGCACAGCCAUCCACAACAUCAUUGUGCAGGCAUGGGUGCACCCACACACGCCAUUGCUGAGAAUAGCUCCAUCUGAUUUCAAAUGGACACACUGGCGGUGUGUGUGUGUGUGUGUGUCAUGCAGAGCCAAUAGGCACCAAGCUUUGAUUUUCAGACUGAAGCUAGUUUGUGGGGGAAAUGCUUUUCAGGGACACAAAAUGUGCUUUAGGUCCAGAUUGUGUGUGGACUGGGUAAAAGAAACAAGAUCUCAGAGAAGAGUGGCAACUUAAGUUGACAGAAUACGCACAGCUUGCAGACUUAACAUAUAGAAUAAGAGAAAAAGAAGAACAUACGUUUAGAAAAGAUCUGAAAACGUUUAUUGAAUAUAUGGGAAGUAACUGUGUACAGCUGAAAACGCUGGCAGCAUUAAGAUAAAUUCAACAGCGUAAAUAAGUUACGAUGGGUGUAAUAAUGGAAUAGUGAAUGGUAUCGUUUGUGUAAAAUAUGCAGGGAUUUGUGAUAUGUAGAAUGAAAGAGAAGAAGGGAAGUCAUUGAUAUCUUAAGGAUGUCAAAAUGAGUAUUUUAAAUUGUAAAACAGAAAAUUUUAUAAAAAUUAUAUAAAAAAAGAAAAGAAACAAGAUCUCAGCAUGUGUUGACUGUAGAAUAUAAUGUCAUGUGUAUGCAGCCGGACUACAUGUGGAAUCAUACAAGUUUCCCUGUUCCAUAUACCUGUAGCCCUCCAGAUGUUGUUGAACUACAGUUCCCAUCAUCCCUGACUAUUGGCCAUGCUGCAUGGGGCUGAUGGGAGUUGGAGUCCAACAAGAUCCAGAGGGACAUCACAAGGUCCCUAUGCAUAGUUGGAGUGUUGUAUUAGUGCUGAGGAGACCUGGGUUCAUAUCCCCACUCAGCCAUGAACCUCUCUGCGAGGAUGAAAUGGGGGGAGGGAAGGAGAACCACGUCCAGAGCGUCCUGAGUUCCUUGGCAGAAGGAUGGGAUGUAAACCAAUAUAUUUUUGUUUCCCCAGGUGAUGAACUGCAUCGUCGAGGUCAUUUCUGACAUAGUGUCAAAGCCAAAUCCACUCCCAAUCAGCCAGGAAUGCCUAGAAACUCUUCAAGGAGGUACAGAGUCAUUUUCUCCCUUACUAAUGAAAAGUCCAAUGUGUUAAUAUUAUAAAAUUAAAUUGUGUGUUCUUUUUUAAUGGGCUGCCAUAAUGGAUUAUUUUUUAAACAAAAACCAAAAAGAUAACCUCAACCAGCCCAUGUGCUAAUGGAGCUAUGAUGAGUAUGCCAGCUCACCUUGGCUUUGGCAGGCUUCCUUGACAAGCUUCUUCUUCUUCUUCUUUGCAGAUGAAAGAAUCCUUUCCAUUCUUCGCCAUCAAAACUUACUAAAGGAGCUUCAGGAGAUUGCAGUCCAAGGUACAGUUUAGCUGGAAUCAUGGGGAGUGCCCAGUCUUUCACUUAAGAGGCAUGCACAGCUUCUUGUAUUUUACCCAAAUGGAAAUAAUUAAGAAAAAGCGAGAGAGAGUAAAUUGUGCAGAAUAAGGGAGUUGCAUUAUCUAUUCAUAUCACAUCAUUUCAUGUUAUUUGACACAGGGUUUAGCUUGCCCUGGAGUUAGGGCUAUUGGUCAGUUAUGUGUGAGGAGUACACACAGUUCUGUCUACUGACAGCCUUUGCAAAAAUGGCUAUGCUCCCAAUGGCAUAAAAAAACUUUCUCAGCUAGCCAUUCUGCAGAAGGCACAUUUCAGCCCAGGGCUUCCUGAUUUGUAGCCCUUAGCAUGUUGCAAAGGCUACCAUAGACAUUCAGUGAAAGCCUGUUGCAUUUGUGUUGUGCUCAGGUCCACCUUACAAGCGUUGUAUGAGAAACGGGUUAGCAAAAAUGGAACCCCACAGCGCCAUCUGGUGUCACAGUGUUAGAAUGCAUAAACAACACAUAUAAGGCCCUUUUUCUUUGCCAAUGUAGCUGAGACCUGGGUUGCUGGACUAGAUAGGCCAUUGGGCUGAGUCAGCAGGCUCUUCUUAUGUUAUAAAAUAUGCAAAGCGGGUGGUGCUGUGGUCUAAACCACUGAGCCUCUUGGACUUGCCUAUCAGAAGGUCGGCGGUUUGAAUCCCUGCAAUGGAGUGAGCUCCCAUUGCUCUGUCCCAGCUUCUGCCAAUCUAGCAGUUUGAAAGCACACCAGUGCAAGUAGAUAAAUAGUUACCGCUGUGGGGGGAAGGUAAAUGGCGUUUCCGCGUGCUCUGGCUUACGACACAGUGUUCCAUUGCACCAGAAGCAGUUUUGUCAUCCUGGCCACAUGACCCGGAAAGCUGUCUGUGGACAAAUGCCGGCUCCCUCGGCCUGAAAGCGAGAUUAGCUCUGCAACCCCAUAGUUGCCUUUGUCUAGACUUAACUGUCCAGGGGUCCUUUACCUUUUUACCUUUACACACACACACAAGCACACACAAGCACACACACGAGCACACACACACACUAGCUGCCAUGGGUGGGAGCAUCGCAGCCCCAAUGGAAGUCUGUUCCCCAUCCCACUGCUAUUUGAAGCUGCUAUUGCUAUUUGCCUCCUGGUGCAAAUAGCAGCUUCAGAGCCAUGCUGUGUGUGUGACUGCAAGGAGGGGAAUGGUUAAAGCUCCCUCCCAAUCCACCUCGCCCACCAUGGCUGCUAUUUUGAAAGGGGGAAAAAGAUGCCCACUGGCUAACCAAAAGAUUCCUAAGUCAGGGGGUUGGACUAGAUGACCCUCGGAAUCCCUUCCAAUGCUAGAGUUCUAUGAUUAACGUAACAUGCAUUUUGUUCUUGGGGGGGGAUGCUUUUAGACAACAGGUUUUUCCCGUGUUGCGAGGAGAAUGAAUGCACUUGAAAUAGUUUGAAUUUUAAAAGAGGAGAGAUGCCAAGUGUUGAUUUCCUUCUCUCUCUCUUUCCUGUCCCCAUCUCCCCUUCAUCAAAACUUCUGUGUGUGCAAAAAAACAGGAGCAAGCGAAAGGACAGAGCAGCAGAAGAAAAGCAGCGGCUUUGAAGAUGAGCUUUCUGAGGUCCUUGAAAGCCAAAGCAACAGGAACAUGGAAAGAGGUCAGGGACGCGGGUGGCGCUGUGGUCUAAACCACUGAGCCUCUUGGGCUUGCUGAUCAGAAGGUCGAUGGUUCAAAUCUGUGCGAUGGAGUGAGCUCCUGUUGCUCUGUCCCAGCUCCUGCCAACCUAGCAGUUCAAAAGCAUGGCAGUGCAAGUAGAUAAAUAGGUACUGCUGUGGCAGGAAGGUAAACAGCGUUUCCGUGACUCUGGUUUCCAUCACGGUGUCCUGCUGCGCCAGAAGCGGUUUAGUCAUGCUGGCCACAUGACCCGGAAAGCUGUCUGUGGACAAACGCCGGCUCCCUCAGCCUGAAAGUGAGAUGAGCGUCGCAACCCCAUAGUCGGCUUUGACUGGACUUAACUGUCCAGGGGUCCUUUACCUUUUACUUUACCAGCUUAACCCACACAUAAGUCAGUGCAAACCACAUAAAUAGAUAUUAAUGAUGAAUUAACAUGUACCAUUAAGGUAAGACAGGGAAUAUGCAGGAGAAAUGAUUUUGAGGAGAUAUGGAGGGUGUUUGUAGAAUUUGUACUGUUAAAAGGAAAAGGGGUCAGACCAUCGCAAGAGGUAUUGAAAUUUUGGGAGGUUGGAUAGUUACAAUGGAAUGGUCUCGGUGGUGAGGUGCACAUAUUUAUUCCUAUUUAUUUAUAGUAUUACUUUGUCAAAAUAAUAAUAAUUAAUAAAAAAUAAAUCUGGGCCCUGUACUCAUGAUGUGGCAAUCAGUUAAUUCUACCUUUGCAGUUGGCUAUUUUCUACACCCACACACUCACACUCUCCUCUCUAUCCUCCAUCCAUGCAAGCGAGAGUCAUUAUCAGAGUCCGAUGACAGAUUCCAGCCAGGCAAAAAUACUCAGGGUGUGAUGCAGUGAGGGGUGUGGCCUGGGGAGAACUCAAAGGGCCAGUUAGAGAGACUUGGAUGUCCACAUUUGGCCCCUGCGUUUGAGGUUCCCCACCCCUACACACCUGCUGCCCAGCAAUGUUUCUUGGAAGAACUUAGCAGACUCUUUCAGAGUCCCUAACAAAAACCAUUCGAGCCUGGGAAACUGGAUAUCGUCAAGGUUUGUUUUGUUCAAAGGAAAUUGCAUAACAAGGUAGAACAGGAGACUUCCCGGGAGUUGGUGAGGUUUAUGAAGUCUGAAUAGAAUGCUAGAGUUAAAGAAGAUUGUAGAAUUGUUAUUGUUAAUGCAAAAAGGCAAAAUGAAUGAGUUGUAUCGGAGGAAAUAUGAUUUAAAAUUAUGAUCAAUGAUUUAUAUGGAUAGAUAAAGGAAGAAUAACUCUAUUUGAACAACUUGGAAAAUGUUAUAGUUAAACAAAAGUCUAAGCAGGAACUGCAUGCACAACCAAUGGAAAUUGAAAAAGGAUGGAAAAGCAAUAGAAAUUAGGAAAAAGUAUUUUGUUUUGAGCAGCAAAGGAGAGAAAAUAAACAUAUGGAAAGGGGUGGGAAGUCAACUUUUAAAUUUGAAUUCAUUUGUUAUUAAUUUGUUGGGGUUUUUUUGAAAAUCAAUUAAAAUUAAUUGGCAAAACCAACAACACUGUUCCACAUUUUGGGGAAAGACCCUUUGCCCCAGUAAAGUAAGUGCAACUGCUUGACUCACAUGAAACAUUCAAGGGUUUGGUUAUGAACUGGGGCCGAUUUCUACUGUGCAUUUUGUAGCACAGCCCAAUUCCCCCUUAACUCUACCAUUUCACCUCUCAGAUCUGUCAGAGGGGACCCCUGACGAGGAGCCCACAGCCUCCUUUGCCGAGCUGGAGGCAGAGAGAAGUCAGAAGAACAGCGAAAGCGAUGUUUCAAAAGAAGAGGAGAGGAACAGCGUAGAAGAAAGGGAGACGAGGGCUAGAGAUGUUGACUCUGAAGAGCAAAAGGAGAAUGCGGCGGGAUUUGACGGCAACGAGGUUGGUGAGAAUGAAGGACUGCCCUGGGACAACACAGUAGACAAUCACAUCCACGAUGAGGCCCAAGACGAUGAGGCCCCUCAGCAGAGACGCCAAGAGGGUGAAGAAGAUGAAGAGAGAAAGGAAGACCAUGAGGUGGUGGGGGUGGAGGGGGAGGAAAAGGGGCACAUUUCCAAAAACAGCCAGGAGGAAAGCGAAGAGGAAGGAGAGGACAGUGUCAGAGACCAGGCUGAGGAGGAAGAGGAGGAGGAAGAGGAGGAAGAGAAGGAUGGGGAAGAAGAGGAUGAUGAAGAAGAAAGAGAUGCCUCUGAAGAGGAACGUCCUACCAGCUCAGAGGACAAGGAUGAUCAAAGGGAAGAUGGUAUGUUUAUCAGCUUAAACCCAUGUCCCCUUAUUUGACUUACUGUCUGAUGUUGCAGUCAUCACCACUUUGAGCUUCAAUACUUGGAUGAUCUAUUUUACUGAUGGGCAGUAUCCAAGUUAACUUGUUUCAUUAGGGCAAGGAUUUCUACUCGUGCCAUGGGACCUCCCCCAUCUCCCUUUCCCCAACCCCCCAGAGUACAUUUGGGGAGAGUGUGGAGAGAGGAAGGGGGGAAAGUUCCAUUGCAUGAGCUGAAAUCCUUGCACUGACGGAAUGAGUUGGUUGGAUAAUGCCCUAUAUGUUUGGAUGCUUCCAGCAGUGGCAGGGAAGACUGUUCCCCUGUUCUUCAAUCCUAAGUGCACUUAACUGGAAGGAAACACCAUUAAAUCUUUCAAGUAAAUCACCCAAACACUCAAGUAAUGGAGGGGAUUUGAAUGGAAGAGCUGGGCUGUUUGUGCUCUCUGCUCUAGGUCUAUAUCCGCUCUCGACCCAUUCCUUUCAGGCAUGUGAAAAGGGGCAGAGCUCCUUCCUUUUCCUACCCUAAGGUGUGUUGGUUGCUAGACAUGGAGAUGAAGGAGAUGAAGGACAAGAGCCAACCUUCAGAAAGGUGUUUAGGGAGGCUCCAUGAUCAGUAUAGUCACCAUGGCCAGUAGGCGUCUAUUGCUUUAUACUCCUAUGUAUGACCUGCAUUUUAUUUAGCCAAAGCAAACCAUUAAACUAUGUUCAUUUUGUUCAAUUUCCUUUUAGAUAACCAAGAUGCUAAAGAGUUUGAUCGGGAUGGACAGCCUUCAGAAGAACAAGAGAAAUUCCGUAGUGCAAAGGGAGGAAGGCAUCACACAUCUCGAGAUGAAACAAUGCAGGAUGAGGACACCUCCCGCGCCAGGGAUACUGAAAGUGAGGAAGUGGAAGAGGACCCCUCCAAAGGUUUAGAAGAUGCCAAGAGAUGGAACAAAAUGGACGAGCUGGCUAAACAACUGAGCACUACGAAGAGGGCGGAGGAAAGCGAAAGCAACGAAGACCCAGACAGGUCCAUGAAACUGGCUCUCAGAUCCCGCAAGCAGGACUUCCGUACCUCUGAAGAGGACAAGAGGAGAGCGCAGAAGCAUCAUUCCAAAGAGGAGAGCAGCGAAGGAGCCUUCCCACUUGCUGCUCUGCCUGAGGAAAAGAAGGAUGAAGAAGGAAGCGCUAACAGGAGAACAGAGGUAAGACUCCCCUAUCUGCAAUGACCAGUCUGAGAAUGGGGCUGCCAACACACCAUGCGACUGAAGCACGUGGCUUGCCCCUAAGAAUCCUGGGAAGUGUCGUUUAAGGGUGCUGGGAAUUAGAGCUCUGGGGGGGGAGUAAACUACAGUUCCCAGAAUUUUUGUGUAUAUGCCGCUUGGGUGUGUUGAGUUCUAGAAGACGAUGGAGUCCUUUCUGGCAGAGGAAAUUGCUUCUUGCAAUAGCGAUUUUGUCACAUACCCCAGGGGCAGUGCUACUUGGGCCUAGGCUUCCUUUGGAGAAGACACUUUCUGGGAGAUUCAUGGCAGCUCUUACUUUAUUUACAAAUAUUCAUAUGCAUUUCUAUCUAGGGCUUUUAGUGCCCAUGAGCUACCCUGGAAGGCGGACCUCGCCAUUUAAAAUCGUUAUGUCAUAAAGUACAGUUAAAGAUAUAUUUAUCUUUAAAGAUAUAUGGAACAUAAAAAAUCGCAACAGAAGCAAUACUUCACCUUUGCAGUAGAUACUUAGCAGGCAAAAAAGCCUGCCAGAGCAAGAACAUAAGGGCCUGCUGGAUUAGGCCAAAGGCUUAUUUAGUUCUCAAAGUGGCCAACCAGUUGCUAUGGGAAGCCAACAAACAGGACCUGAAGCAUAUGUGAUCCCCAGCAACUGGUACUGAGAGGCACAUUGCCCCUGACUCUGGAGGUGCCUUCCUCAAACUCCCUAUUUCCCAAACCGUCUCCCUUUGGUCAGAGCUGCAUCCCUAGUAGAAGUGGGGGGCCUGUUCUCCUGUACCUUCAGCAGUACAGAAUUGAGGUUUCUGAAAGUGCAACAAGUGAACAAUUGAUUUUAAGCAUCUUUACCCUGCUUUUCAGCCAGAGUAGCUUACAAAUGCCAACAAUAAGACAGUCCCUGCACUCAGGUUUACAACCCAAAAGGCGUGACUCCAAAGGAAACGUGGGUGGCGCUGUGGGUUAAACCACAGAGCCUAGGACUCCCCAUGACGGGGUGAGCUCCCGUUGCUCGGUCCCUGCUCCUGCCAAGCUAGCAGUUCGAAAGCACGUCAAACUGAAAGUAGAUAAACAGCGGGAAGGUAAACAGUGUUUCCGUGCUCGGCUCUGGUUCGCCAGAAGCGGCUUAGUCAUGCUGGCCACAUGACCCAGAAGCUGUACGGCGGCUCCCUCGGCCAAUAAAGCGAGAUGAGCACCGCAACCCCAGAGUCGUCCACAACUGGACCUAAUGGUCAGGGGUCCCUCUACCUUCACCUUUACCAAAGGAAAGGGAGGAUGGGAACACUUGUUAGAGAAUUCUUGCAAUGACUGGCUUUCAAUGACCAAAUCUUUGAAAAGAGAUUGAGGAGAGAAGGACUCAAAAGUUGCUGGUCUCUUAGCUAAGCCCAUGCAAAAGCCCUGUGAGCCCCUUUCUGCCUCUACUGUAGCCUGAUUGAGUGGCAGGAAGGAGCCUCAACUGGUGUAUCUCAUCCUUGCAUGGCAAACUGUAUCCCUAAAACCUCUUCUGCAAAGAAGGUACCUGAGCUCCCUUUGUAUUGCUUUGCGUCUGAUAACUGGGAUCCCUAACAGCCAGCAGAAACAGGUCAACUUACUUGGCCACCAAACUGAGAGGCUAUUCCCUUUCUUCCAUCUACAGCAGAUGUGGGGAAUCUUUGGCCUCUCCCCAGAUGUUGCCAAAUGGCAACACCCAUCACUCCAUGCUUGCUGUGGCUGAUGUGAGUUGUUGUUCAUCAACAUCUGGAAGGUUCAAAGUUCCCCGUGACUGAUCCGCAGCUCCACACUGCCUUGUUGUUCAGGAUUUCAGUUUGUUCCUUUCAAGUGCAUGCACACACACACACACACACACACACACACACCACUGUGUUUUCAGGGAAUUGCCAAGACACUGAUGAGACACCAGGGAGGCCACCAGAAAACCAUGACGACGGUUGCUCAGGUGCCAGUAGCAGAGCAAAAGCCCUCAUCGCCAGCUCAGCAAAAAGUAAGGGAGAGAGAGGAGGGAAAGAACAGCACACCUGCCCAUGUUCAUUAGGAGGAGAAAGAAAUGUGAUACCAGUGAGAUUGUUCAAACACAUAAGAGAAGCGUGUGUACACACACACACACACACACACACACACACAAAUACAUUAACACCAGUUACCUGGCUUGCAACUCACGGCAAAACAUUUUGCAACCCUUGAUCGUUUUCAGCGCUCUCUCCUGUUUUAUAAUCAUCUGAGACCACAUGGCACACAUCUCUUUGUCAGGGUAAACUUCUCAGCCACCUUAGGGGUGCAAGUGGUGUCGUGAGAUGCUGCGAGCGACCUUGGUGUCAAAAUACUCAUUGUGCUUAAUGCACAGCAUGCGACAGCGGCUGUUUUCUCUCUAGGCGUUUGGAUUUUCACCAGGACCGCGGGACAUUUGGAAGAGAGACUUAGUAGAGAUGGAGAAAUUUGGCGCAGUUCACCUUACACAGCUAACUUUUUGAAAUUCACACUUCUUUGAAUGUUCUUGCAAAAGAACAGAAAAUGGCCAUUUUGUUCCACAAACAAAGUGUCUCCUGUGAUGCUACAAAGUCUUCCUUUCGGUUACAUUAACUGGCUGCUCUCCAGGAGAUUCUAAGCACUUUGAUUAAAUGGGCAGGGUUGAGUUCCUCAGCAGCUAACAUAUAUUUCUAGCCAACUCACUGAUAUUAUCCAGAGACAUAUGACAGCCUUUAGGGUUGUUUUUUAAAUAAUACCAUUGCUGUUGUUCAGGGAUGGGGAACGUGUGAUCCUCCAAUACUGUUGGAUAACAAUUCCUAUCAUCCUUGACUAUUGGCCAUGCUGAUUGGGAAUAUUGGGAGGUGGAGUCCAAUAACACCUGGAAGGUUGCAAGUUCCCCAUUCUUGUUAUAUCAAGUACAGGCACAGUAGCUCAUAGGAUCAGGCAGGAUAAAGAUCCGACAUAGGCGAGAAUGACAUGCACUAUUGGUUCUGCUGAUGGCUGACUCCAGAUUUAAUUUAAUGCCGAAUAUAUCAAACAACAGGCCUUUCAGUUCAUCCCCCCCAUUUAUUUAUUUUUUUAAUUUUAAGUAUUUAAAUUAAAUUAAUGUAUUAAUUUGUUCUAAUAAAUUAUAUUAAAUCAAAUAUUUUUAAUAAUUAAGUUAAAAUGUUUAAUUAAAUUAAAAUUAAAAUAGUUACAAAGUGGUUUAUAAAAAGGAUACAGACUUAGUAAAAACAAGCAAACUACUUGUGCAAUAAGUGCAUGUAAAACCCAAGAAUCCAGCAAAAAAAGGGCAGUCCAUUGCAAAAUACAUUCUUAUAUUUUUUUUCCAAAGUCUUUAGAGCUACUCUAAAAGCAGAUAGUUCUGUCUGCAGAGUUUCACAGCUGUGGAGCAAUUUCUUCCAGCCCUGAAAUAACCCUUCAUGUGGUGUCUUUCCCCUCUUUUCUUUUAUAGGACCAAGAACUGGAGAGUUUGGCAGCAAUAGAAGCGGAGCUGGAGAAAGUGGCCCACAAGCUGCAUGCCCUGCGAAGGGGUUGACACUUUUAUAACACACGCCGUAAGCAAGAAGCCAGAAAUUUUAACUCACCCUUUAAACACUGCAAUUUAAUGUCUCUGUGUGUGGUUUUUGUUUUUUAAAAAGAUGAAAGUAAUAAUAAUGGAGAAAGUGCAUUUUACAUAGGAAGCCAAUUAUCACUAGAAAAAACAACAACACCGAUUUCUCUCUCUGUGGUAGUCAUGCUUUCCAUUCACAUUUGCUUGUUGUUUGAUUUCAUGCUUGCUUCACUGGCUUGUAACUUUUGGAUUACAGGAUCACAAGCAGUAUGGCUUACUCAUGUAUUUUCUGUUGAUUAAAAGGGAUUGUUUUGUCAUUUCCCACCUUACUUUUUUCCUUUUCCUUUUUGUCCAUUUCUUUUUUUCUUUUUUUAAAAAGAAAAAGCCAAGACAGCUUUCUAGAAUGUUUAACUUGUACCAUUAGGUUUUACUGGAUAAAAGAACUUGCAAUAACUUGUUAAUCUUUUGAUUCGAAGAUGAGAAUUCUGACUGUAAUAUAUUCUAUAUAAAAAUUAAGGACGAAAAUAAACACACAACGUUGGGCUCCUUCCUUCGUCUCUCACAGCUGAAUUCUAAGAACCCGCAGAGCAGCGCUUCUCAAGUACGUAGAUCUCUGGGGCGGGGGCAACUUGAGUGAAAUAUAUUGUACUUGUAUUUCUUUUACAAUAUAAGUAAAAGAAAUACAAUAUAAAAAUACAAAAGUAUGCUGCGUUCAGAAGGCAAGAUCCUGUGCAUGAUCUGCACAUCAUCGUGGGGGCACAGUUGUUUAGCAUUAUCUCAUGAAGAGUGGGGCAUACAAGACACAGGCACAGUACAUGGUGUGGUUAAGGGUGCUGUUCAUUUCCAUUAAAUUUGAUGUCAAAUGUACUUCGUGCUAUUGCCAUUCAUCCUCAGUUCAAGGCAGGUUUAUUUUAGCGCGCAAAUGCACACACACACACCAAGUGCAGUUGGAGAAAUGGGGAGAAAACUAGACUUGCCAUUCCGGCUUCUGAUUUUAUCCCAGAAUGACCCUAUUUCCCCUGCCAGUGUUGCAGCUGAGCUCGGGGAGAAGGAUGACCCAGCUCGUCCUGAGGCGGCGGCAAGGGAGCAUCUUGUUGCCUCUCCAUGGCCUCCUCAUGUUUAUUAUUAUUAUUUACUGAAUUUAUAUACCGCCCUAUACCCAGUGGUCUCAGGGCGGUUCACAGUUGCUGGAGAGCGAGUCAGGAGGAGAGGCUUCGCUUCCACCACGCAGGCCCAGCUCUUUGUGAUGAACUGACUCUGAGAAGCAGGCAAAAGGAAAGGGCUACCCAAGUGGAAGAAAGAUUUGUCCUCCUACUAGGAAAUGCUCUUUGGGAUGGGAUAUCAGGCCAGUCAGGACCUGGAACUCUACAAAGCAGCAGGUUAGAAUAUGUGCAAUUUAAACUGCACUGGGAUUGUAAAUCUGGAUAUGAAAGUUGUUGUGUGCUUUUUUAAAAAAGACCAGUCUUAUGGAAUAAAAUCUCACCCAGGUCCUGAACCCCAACCCAGCUAUCUUGAACCAUUAAAAAGAGUGCAGGAGAAGGUGGUUUAAUAAGGCAUUUAUUUUAAUCAUGUGUUUGGAAAAGGACAGUGUUGUACCCAAAGCAGACACAGAAACAACAGGUGAUACUUAAGUGCAUUUUACUCUCGUUAAAAAAAAAAAAUCUGUCACAGGUGUUUGGCAAAUAAAGACAAAAAUGGGAUAAACUGCUAUUGAAAUCAACAACAUAAGCAAGAGUUGAGAAGCACCAUAUUAUUAUUGAGAAGAAUGUCAGACAUGCAGUACAUGUAAAGAAGCCAUGGAGCUAAUAUUUUUGGUUUUUAUAGAAGCCCAGAUGUUUUUCUUAUAUCUAAUCUAAUCUAUCUAUCUAUCUAUCUAUCUAUCUAUCUAUCUAUCUAUCUAACAUGUAUGUAUGCAUGUAUGUAUAUAUAAUAUAUACAUGUUCAAAUUAAAUACAAAACCAUUUAGUUUUUAAUGAAAGUAAUUUUGUGAAUGGGAACAUAAGAAUCACAACACUCACACUUGCUAACACUACAGAAAGUGGCAGAGAAUUAUGAAUGUUCUUUUGCAACCUUGGAAGGAGGAGGAAGCUGGUCCCGAAUGAGGCGAGCUUUGAACUGGGAACACUGAAUGUCAAGCAUGCCUUAAAAAACCAAAACCCACAACAAUUCCUGAUUCAUCAAACAAAAGAUGUGAAAUCCCAAUUACUGGCAAAGAUUAGUCCAGUUUAAUGGGGUCUUUAUUGGGGAUCUCACUCGAAAGGGUGCACUUGAGCCACGUUUAUAAACACUGAGGAAGGCAGGGAUCUAAAGAAAUAAAUAAUUUAAAAAAUACAUCUAGCAUAGAUUUUCAUUUUUACAGCAGACUUUUCUUUUCUUUACAAAAGAGAUGAAGACCUCUUAUCAUUCAUAUACAGCCUCAAAUAUAGAAGUCACUAUUUUAUACGUACAUAUUUGCAAUGUUCAGAUACUACACAAAUCUCUUCACACCCUGAAAUGUUGUAUCAGGAAGUUACUGUGCAAGCAGGGGAAGAGAAACGUGAAAUGCUAAAAAGGAAGACGUGAUUCCUCUCCCCACCACACACACCAACACACAGAAAUUUCACUAGCUUUGCUCAUUAGAAAUUAAGACAAGCCUUUUUGCCGCCUUUUUUUUUUAAAGGAAGGAAUUAAACUGAAUUAAUAAACACUCAAGAGUUUGAUUUUCAAGUCAUCCAUAAGUCAAUUAUGCUGUUAAGCCCAGUGUACAAAAAGCAGCAGAUCCAAGGGGGGGGGCACUCUGAUGUAUCUGGCAAACACAGGCUCUAGCCUAAGAAAACUUGCACCCCUAUAUAUUUAGUAGUGUUUGAGGUGCCACAAAACAAUGUUAUUGUUCCUGGACUGUUCCAAUUUAGGUGGCAGGUGAGUUUGCUUCACUGAGUGCUCUGCCAUAUAAAAAAACAGAACGCUUCCAGGCAGGCAGGGAGGUGGCAGCAAAAGGGAUUUUAACCUAGGCAGCCCCUUAAUAAUCUAGCUUUCUAUGUACCUACAAACCUGCUGCCUGAAGCAGUUCAGUCCAGAAGAGUUUUAGCACAUGACCUUUUUGCUGCUCUCCCCCAGGGAAAACUGCUCUUUAGAGCUCAGUCGGAGCAAAUGGCAAUUUUGGUCUUCUCCAGAUUGAUGUUUGCUCUGAUUUAGCAUCGGGUUUUCCCUGGGAAAGGAGCAGGGCAAGGGGGGAAACUGUUCAGACCCAUGACUAGAAAGGGCUGGGCGAGUGGGAAACUUCUUAGAUCCAUGCUCUCUAGGUAUGGGACACAAGCCCUGGGUGAAAGAAGGAAAGUUCAUAUGGAUCUGUUGGUCAAACGUGUGCUUUUGAUCACAGGGGCUAAAAAAGCAGCAAGAAAAGGCUCAGCGGCUUUGAAAUAGCAGCACUCAAGUCGUGCUACAGGUUGUUAUGUAGAAAUUAUGUUUCUUUAAAAAGAGACAGCUCCUCAUAAAAGCUGAGUUUUAAU